UUCCGCCACACAUUCACAGAAAUAGAAGAAGACGUGCGGCAGUUUUGCUGAUUGAUGAGCUGAGCUCUCCGACUCUACUAAGCAUCUUUACAUUCAAAUAUUUCUGACAGGGUUUUACCUCCACAGUUCCAUCUGAUCCGUUGUGGGUGUAUUUGAGGAGGUUAACUGCGUUCUGCUGUAAAGAUCAAGGUGACGAUUUCAAUGGUCCAGUCAGCGGAGAAUUCAGAACCUUCUUGAUCCAGAUAAUCAGGAACACCAAGAGGUCCAACUAGGAUGAAGUCAGACAUGAUUAAAUGUGAAAAUCUGGAACCCUCAGACAUCUCCAGUAGUCACCAAGGUUCACCUGGUACUUUCCACGCUAACGUCUCUCACAGACAAACUCAAAAAGAAAUUCACCACUGCUCCCAGUGUGGGAAGAGUUUCAGUCGGAAGAGUUAUCUCAGACAGCACCAGCGAAGUCACACAGGAGAGAAGCCGUAUCACUGCUCACUGUGUGGGAAUAGUUUUGCUUACAUCUGUAAUCUCCAGCGACACCAGCGUAUUCACACGGGAGAGAAACCUCAUCAGUGUUCACAGUGUGAAAAAAGUUUCAUCGAGAGUGACAGUCUCGUAAAACACCAGCGAAUUCAUACAGGAGCCAAGCCGUAUCAGUGUUUGGAGUGUGGGAAGAGUUUCACACAAAAGAGUAAUUUCCAACAACAUCUGCGUAUUCACACAGGAGAUAAACCACAUCACUGUUCAGCGUGUGGAAAGAGUUUUAGACAAAGGACUUCUCUCCAGGUACACCAACGCAUUCACACCGGAGAGAAACCGUAUUACUGUACUGAGUGUGGGAAGCAUUUUACUCGGCAGAGUGAUCUCCUACGACACCAGCGCAUUCACACGGGGGAGAAGCCGUAUCAGUGCUCGCAGUGUGAGAAGAGUUUCAGUGACCAGGGUAAUCUCCGACAACACCAGCGCAUCCACACCGGAGAGAAGCCGUAUCAGUGCUUGGAGUGCGGGAUGAGCUUUAGUAACCGUAGAACUUUCCAGCGACACCAGCACAUUAACACCGCUGAGAACGAGGACAUGCUAGUAGUCCUAUGAGAAAGCGUAGGACUUGACUAGUUUUAUUUGUUUUGGGUCAAAUUAUAUUGUUGAACCACUUUAUACUGAACACAUUUCAUUUUAUGAAUUGGUGGAGAGUUAAAAGCCAAAAAUACUUUUAACAAUAUUGCAAAGUAUAUUUAGAUGCCUUAUGAGCAAGCCAGAUGUUACAGUGGGGUGAAGAAAACUCCCUGAGACAGCUUGGUCACACCAGAUAGAGGGAUUAUAAAUAUUAUAUACAUAUUACAAUAUACAGGUGUAAAAGAAAUAAAAGACAAGAUAGUCUCAAGAAGCACCAAGCAGAAGUAGAGCACCAUGACAAGCAAGGCAAGUCCAGAGGACAAGAACAAGUCAGGCUCUGGCGCUGAUAUCUCACCAGGUAGCAGUAACGUGUAGCUCAAGCCGGAAUUCCAGCAAGACUAGCAAUGACAGCAUAGCUAAAAUGGAGAGCCAGAAGGGAACACAAACAUGAGGGCGUCCUUGGACAUUAAGCAGCCAUCCGCUCCGCCAUCAACACACAUCAACACACCUGAGUGAAUGCGUGUGAUGGCGACGGGGGCGACAGCAUCCAAACAUCCCAGUGCACCACAACACUAAUUGGAAGGCUGGUGGGGCUUUGUAAGAAAAAGCUCCAUCCCCUCCUGUAGCCUUCAUUGUUCUGGAUAUUAAUAAAGAACCUUCACCUUUUCAUCAAAGCGGUUGGCAGUAGUGCAACAUUAUAAAGCAAAGUGCGGGGCAGUGGGGUUUUCAUCACUAUGAAACUAUGAACUUUAUACAGUUUAGAAUAUAACACUGUACUAUUCCAAACCAUUCUGUGCCCACUAAUUAAAGGAGAUGAUUUAGUAUAUUUUCUUAGUGCAUGUCCAAGUUGGAUAUCUUGAUAAUGUAAGACAUCAACAUCAUUAGUUUUUUGGAAUUCUAAGACCGGGUAAUUGAAUAUGUAGUUGGUGAAUAAUUCUGUUACCCAGACAUGCCAACGUGUAUGGUUUAGCCAUAGAACUUGUGAUUUUUGAGUGUUACUUGAUGCACAUUUGGAGAAAAAUGUUAAACUACUGUACAUUCUUGCCAAACUCACAAACUAGAACCAGCAUACUGCUGACUUGAUAGGCCUUGGUGCUGUGACAUGGUAAGUUAGUCUACCUGAUAACAUUUAUGUCUGGAAGAAAUUCAGAUUUAUUUACUGUAUGUCAAAAUAUAGAAUGUAUUUUUUCUUUAUUUGUUUGUUUUUAUUAAACAAAGAGUUGUUUGCAUUUUUGUAUGAACAUAAGUUGUUUAGUAAUUAAACUGCAGGCUAGGUUGUGCUGUGUGUGGCAGUUAGCUUUUCCUUUCAGGUUGAGGGCUGUAGAAUCAUAAUUUCUUUAACUUCACUAAGUCAGUUGGCGAACAGUAAAUCUCUUUUUGUAUUAAUUAUUUAACGUAAGAACAUGCAUUCAGCUGGUUGCUUAUAAAUCCAAAUAAUUCUGCAUAUUGUACUUAAAAACUACUACAUGUUUGAUCUUUUCACCUGUUAGUAUGGAGCUGUUCUGUCAACAAACAUGUACUAGGUUUUUUUUGUGUGUUUAAGUUGUCUUCUCUGUCCUUGCUAGGAUUUAGUUCUGAGUAAUAUUAACACUUCUGUAUACUUUUGGAUUCAUUAAACAGUCAAGAAUUUGUGUAAAUAUUUGUUAUGAAAAGUUUCUCUCCAUGUCAAUAAGAUCACUGAAAUUAAGUGAUUAUAAUAACGCUGUAAUAGUUUCUAUAACGGGGGAAAAAAAAAAAAAAUUCCCCAAGGUCUGAUAAACCUAAAAACUCUUUGUGUGGAUCAUUUACCUCAAUCAGGAAAAUAUCUUUAAAUCUUCAUUUACAUUGUGAAGAGAUCACACAGCAUUCAUUUAUGGGGUUUUUCACCACUGCUGGACAUAUUUUGUUCUUAGUUUGAAAUCAUUUAACAUCCACCUCUAGCCUCUGGGCUGUAAGCGAUCAUUUGAGAUUCUGAGGAAUUCCAUAAAUUCAUAUUUCAGACCGUCCAAAGUAUAUUGUUUAAGUCUAUUGUCUAAAACCACACCAAGAUUCUUAGCUUUGCGCUAGCAAAUGACAGUCUACCUUUCAUCUUCUUCGUAUGUAUUUGACACCAAAAACAACUUUUUUUUUUCAUGUGUAACAGAUAAAACAACUUUUUUAUUUGCAUUGUCCCUAUUUUCUUGGGAGGCCGCGGUGACUUGAACCGAGACUUCCUCAAUUCUAUGAAAAUCAGGUAGGAUCCGAUAAAGCAACGAAUCCAAACAAUUGGCUUGUAAUCACCAAGAUUAAAACAAAAAAAGGCUUGAAAUAUUUCACUUUGUGUAAUGCAUCUAUAAUAUAUGAAAGUUCCAUUUUUUAAAUUAAAUUAUGGAAUAAAUGAACUUUUCCACAAUAUUCAAAUUUGGUGACCAAUCCCUCAGAUGUUACCUGCCUUCCCUUCGAUGUGACUGGCUGCUGCGUCCGCACCCAACUAGCCAGAAUCUUUUCUCACAUAUUCAGUGAAGGUUCUUUUCAGCCGAGUGGAUGUAAUGAGGGCGCAUCAGUGAUCCAGUCAAUGGAAUUUCAAUUGCAAGAAAAUUUCUCUGAAAGUACAGUAUUUUGUAAAUGUGUAAAAGUUUAGUUUGUGCAUGGUGUCACCUCCAAAGAUGACUUCGUUCUAUGAUGAAAAAAUAAACUAUUUAUGAAAUAAAUGAUAAUCAGUUAUUUUCUAUUAUGAUAAAACUCUGUUCUAUUGUACUGUGAAAAUCUUGUGAGUAAGUGAA